AUGUCUAACGAGAAUAAGGAAGUAGUCAUCGAUCCAAGAUUCAGAGAUAUCUACACAUGGAAGGGUGAUCUCGAAGAGUCUAAUGCUGUCAUUUCUAUCAAAGUUGUUGAUGGAUUUGAUCCGGCCAAAGUUACUGUCGCUCUCAACGAUAAGAAGAAUGCUAUUUCUGUUCGUUAUCCAGAUCAGCCACCGAUCAUUGAAGGUCAACUUUUCGGCGAAGUCAAAGGUGUUUCAACCCAACUCGUCGAGGAUGGCAAAGUUUUCAAAAUCAUCAUUGAGAUGCUCAAACAAGAGGAUCCAGAAAUCCUUGUUACUGACAUCCACCCAGAUACACACCAAUUAGAUCCAAUGUCCUCUUACAUCAUCUUCUCUGAUCGUGCCAAGACGAUGAGUGAUGCUCUUUCAGACGAGCACUUCAAAUAUCUCGAAUUUGGCCUCAAUGCUAACUUCGUUCCAUCAUUAUUAACAGCUGCCGAAAUUUUCCAGCAUGUUCCAGAUCUUGCAAGCAAAGCAAUUGAAUUAUACAUCAUUGCUGCAGAUAAAUACGAUGCUUCUCCAGCUCAGCUCCAACUUGGUUUGUUAUUAAUUCGUAACCAGAAGUUCGAACGUGGUUUCGAAUUCAUCGAGCGUGCUUCAAAGGACAAGCAAUUUACACUCCCAUCCAUAAUCCUUGGUAUCUUACUUUCUCCAAUUGCAGAUAUGGAAUAUCCAAAGAAGGAUGCCAAGCGCGCUGCUGCUAUCUUCGAAGAAGUUCUCAAGACAGAGCGCUCACACAUCGCACUCCACGAACUCGCUAUGCUCUACUACAACGGUAUUGGCGUUGCAAAGGAUGAGGCCAAGGCCAAGGAGCUUAACGAAGAAGCCGCUAAGAUUAACGGCGGUGAAGUUCCUCCACUGGAAGUCCGUGAUGAGACAUACAAGCCAAAGCCAAUGGUCGAUGAGUGCGGAUGCGGACAUUGUCACUGCCACGAGCACGAACAUGAGCACGAGCAUGAACACUGCCACUGCCAUGAAGGAGAAAACCAUGAAUGCUGCGGUAAGUGCGAUGGGAAAGGCGGAUGCGGCAAAUGCGACGGCAAAUGUGGCUGCGGCGACCAUUGCGGCUGCCAUGAUAAGAACUAA